AUGAGGAAAACACUAUUGCUGUGUUUUAUACACGGUUUCAAGGGUGGCGAUGAUACUUUCGGCAACUUCCCCUCGCACCUCAAAGCCCUCCUCCAACAUGCACUUCCCAAGGUCUCCAUCCUCACCAUCACCUACCCCAAAUUCGAGACUCGAGGCGACCUUACAGAAUGCGUCGCGCGCUUCCGUGAAUGGCUUGAGAACAAGGUGAUAGAUCUCGAAGUGGCCAACUCGACACCAUCACCUACCGUUGACCCCUCCGUGCGUACAAUCCUCGUAGGCCACUCCAUGGGCGGCAUCGUCGCAGCAGAGGCCCUUCUCUCCAUUGUUUCAGAUCAACCCAUUCACUCACAGUCGAACUCGCAAAAUGGCUCCCCAGGCUCUCUUCGCGACCACUCCACCCUCAUGUUCCCCUACAUCCAAGCCAUCCUCGCCUUUGAUACGCCCUACCUGGGCAUCGCCCCAGGCGUCGUGGCCCAUGGCGCAGAAAAGCACUGGAACACGGCCAGCUCGGCCUACUCGGCCUACUCCUCCCUCGCUGAGGCCUUCGGAUGGGGCGCAAAAGACACUACCCCUAGCGCCGUAGAUGCAAGUCGCAUGCUUCCUGCGGCCAGCGAUCCCACCGCCGACGCUGCGUCCGCGCCCUUAUGGCAGAGAUAUGGGCGGGUAGCCAUGUUCGCCGGCGCAGCGGGCGCAAUCGCUGCUGGUGGUGCGGCCGCAUACAUGAAAAAGGACCAAAUCACACAGGGUGUUACGUGGGCGACUUCACACCUCGAGUUCGUCGGCGUACUCGCUCGCCCCGAGGAAUUGCGGAAACGCCUCGAGCGCGUCAUCAAACUUACUGCAUCACAAGAUCUGGGCUUCACAAACAUGUACACGACGUUGGGACAUGCCGUGGACCGCGAAAACAAAGAAUCAGGGUGGACUGGAAAGGUCGCGGGUAAAGAUCGCACGUUUUGCAACCUUCCAAAGGGCGAAAUCAAGAACUACUUCACGCCCGCAGUUAACGAUAAAAGUACUGCGGAGACCUGGGCGCAUAUGAACAUGUUCGAGGGAAAGAAUAACCCAGGCUACUAUACGUUGAGUGAGACGGCCAAGGAGAAGAUUAUAGAGUGGGUCGAGGAUACUGAAUGGUAUGGAAGCAGUGAGGGCCCCUUGCAGGGGCAAGUUGGUGAAGAGGCGGAGAUAGUGGAGCGGCAAGAGGUGGAUGAGGAGAUGCAGAGGGAGGCUAAUGCCAGGGGUUCCAAGGAAAUUAGACGAGACGGCGAGGAGGAAGGAUUUGUAGAUUUGAAGAGGCCAAGUUGUGAGAUGUGGGAGCGAGAGAAGAGAGGAGGGAAGAAGAGGGCAUUGUGA